UUCGUUUUAUUAUUAAAUCUUAUUCCUAACAGAUAAAAAUCACUUUUAAUAGUUUGAUACCCAAAUUGAGAUUUGCGUUAUCACUUGUUUUAUUAAUCUUCGUGUAAAAGUUUUUAAAAGCCAAACUAUUUGUUUUAUCCAAGUGUUAAUAUUAUUUGUUAAAAAUGGUCGUCAAAGAAUACGAAAUGUUCAAACAGGAAGUUGCGAUGAAAUUGAAAGAAGUAAAUAGCAAUGCUGAUAAGCUACUGUUUAAAGCCAUAAGCCUGCUUAAUAUGCAACUGGCGCAGGCUUCAUCAAAACCGUUAACACAAUUAAUAAAGGAAGCCGAGGUUGCAGAACAAUCAAAGAUUGAUAUGUCACAGAACGAUAAGAAAAGGAAAAUGUCUUCCGAAGAUGAAGGUUAUCUUACAGAAGCAUCGAGACAUAAGAUUGCCAAGAUAGGUGGUAUUACUAAAAAACAAGUUAAUAUAACUGUUCUCACACCAAGCAGAAUGGGGCCAAAAAGUAUAUUAUCAAAAAGUCGAUUCAAAACACCCAUGAGGAACAAAACUAUAAAUAAAUCAAAUUAUGGAAUGAUCACACCCAAGGUUGCUAAAAAUCAAACUUUAAUGCUUAUGAGAAGGCCUGUUCAAGGGGAAAUGGCUAUGUCCUUGGCCGGAAGUCCACUCCUGGUGUCCAAUGUUGUUGGCGAAGAAUUGGCCAAUGUUAAUAUACCAAUGCCCGAUGGAACACAUCUCGCCUUGUUCCCUACACAGUUAGGAAAAAUAGAUCCUGAAGAUUUGCCGAAAUUUGAUGCUGAUACUAAAAAACAAUUACAAAUGCUUGCGGAAAAUUUAACUAAAAUUUGCAAGAUGUGUAAAUAAUUCUAAAUUUUUUAGUGAAUUGUAGUAGAGUAAUAGUUAAACCACUGAUAAUAUUUAAUUAUUUAAUUAGACUUAGCAUUUUAUUAUUACAUUUUAAGAUACAAAUAUUAUACUUAUUGUCUAUAUUUGUUAACUGUUGAUACGAUGACGAACUCCCCACAUGAAAUUUGCAUUUUGG